CGUUAUGUGUUAUGGUACCGUAUCAGUUGGUGUCUAAAAUAUUUGUAUAAACGUUUUAAUCUGUGCUAAACAAAUGGCUGGUUUAGGAGUCUACAAAUUUGACACGGGAGAAAGUUUUCCUACAAACUGUUUUCCAAUAAGGCCAAUUUUUCUUCAGAAUAAAGAAGGGGCAGGACACUGGUUGGUAGCCCACAAAAGCAGUGUGGAGGACAGGUACAGGUACAGGAUGCCAGAACUAGCAUCAUCAGCAGAACUUCACACAGGAUCAUCUGCUCAGACUGAAUCUGAACAUUCUAAGAGAAGCACACAGAAAAUUACUGGUAACACAUUAGAUGGAAAACAGCUGAUGGUGCUGCAUUGUGUGGAAAGAGCGUCUGAUCUUUGCUCUGUGGACAUCGGUGAAAGAAAACUUGAGUCUGUCACACUGAAGGAUUGUGAGGAAUUUGACAGUGUUGCAUACAUCAAUGCUUCUGACAACUAUUUAACCCUCGAGUCAUUCAGUGGGUUUCCUGCACUGAGGGAGCUGGAACUGUCUCUGAACCGUCUCUACACUUUGGAGGUUCAUGCUGCACAUUUUCCUAGAUUGGAAGUGUUGGAUCUGUCCUAUAAUAACCUGUCCGGCGAUGCUAUAUUAGCAGUUGGAUUGCUACCACGUCUAAAGGUGCUUCACAUGACUGGAAAUAAUCUUUACAACCUUCCAUCAAACAUGGCUGGCCCUUAUAGCCCUCCUGAUGAACCGGUGAACCAUUCCAGCUCAUUGUUUCAGACUCUUGAAGUGUUGAUGCUGGAUGAUAAUAAACUGUCCUCUCCUGACGUCUUCACCUGUCUGGCUGAUUUUAAGAGGCUUCAUUAUUUAAAUUUAGAAGGAAAUGACAUCUCAGAGGUUCCGUACCUGCAACCAAUGCAAACAGCUUCCAGGACAAGAGACACCAACGCAACACAGUAUAUCUCUGGUCCUGAAUCAGACCGGCAAAAGGGUAUUGAUGAAGAGACUGGUAAGGACAAUGACAGUGGGACAGAUUCUAAACAUUUACGUCCACCAUUUCCACAGCUUCAGUAUCUAAAUUUGGCCAACAAUAAGAUAUUAGAAGAGGAGGCGCUGCUGGCGCUGGCGUUGUUUCCACUGCUCAGUGAGCUCAUAAUUCACUCGAACCCCCUGACUACACAGAGGAGUGGUGACCCACCAUUGCUGGCCUGGUUUCUCCAGGACAGAUUUGGUAUCAGAAUAACCCGUAAGAAGCCUCCUGAUAGCAAAGUGAAACCACACCUUGUGCUCCCUGUUAAUCCAAAAAGAAAGGUACAAACUGUAACCCCGAAGGUACCAAAGGUUCCCCUGAUCACAGCAUCCCAGUUCACUUUCGAUAGCUCCGGCACAAACACUGGGAAUGGAAACAUCAGUCCUCUGCUGUCAGAGAGCGGAUCCAGUAAUGUAUUACUGCCUCCCUCGCCACAACCCAGUACCGACAUCACUGCAACCAGUAUAUCUGAGUGUGUGGAGAAGGAAACUGAGGAAGCGUUCUUCGUAACAGAGAUAAAUAACCUGAUCGAACCCGAGUAUCCAGAAACAACAGAAACAACAGAGGAAAGAAACCAACAUGAGAAUGCUAAACAAUGCCCACCCAAACUGAUAGGUUAUGAAAUUCUACUGGAUGAUAACCCGGACCCGGACUUGACCGUGCCUCGUGGUAUCCAGCAGUCAGUGAGAGUUCUGGAACAAACACUAAAGAACCUGCUGGUGUACAGAGACUCCAGAGCAAAGCUUGAUCGUCUUCAGAAACCAUACAGAGAACACCAGAAGAGAAUCAGAAAUCUGCCACGUGUGAAACCAUGGAACCCAUAUGGAGAGAAAAUGAAAGAAGUGCUCGCAGAAAUAAAAGAAAUUAAAGCCAUAAGUACAGUUCCAUUAGAUGAAGUUCUUCGAAACAGAGACGUAUACAGGAAAGAAUAUGAAGAAGCUCUGAGCUUACUGAAAGAUUUUAAGAGGAAGUACCGGACCGUCCACUUGAAAACGAUGGAACGUGCAUCACACAUCGAAAUUCUUCAGCACUCAAAUCAGCAAAAGUAAAAAAUAAGUAAUGAAAUAAAAGUUAUGAUCAGGGA